CUUCAUUUCAUAUCGCCAAAGCUUCGGGCCAUUCACCAUUAGCACAUAAAAAUGCACGAAGCGGACCCGACAUCUCAAUCGAAUUAUCUGCAGAUCGCUACGAAGCAUAUCACCUUUGAUUGGACAGUUGAUUUCGACAACAAGGUCAUCACAGGCACCGCAACACAUGAAUUUAUUGCAAAAAUUGAUGAAGUGUCUGAGGUGAUCUUCGAUACUUCGUAUCUGCACAUCGAGAGAGUAAAAGUUGAUGGAGAUGCGGUCCAAGACUUCAGACUUGGUCCUAAGCAUGAGGUGAUGGGAUCUGCGUUGCAUGUUGAGAUCACGUACAGGACGACUGCGAAUGGCACAGCCUUGCAAUUCCUUGCAAAAGAACAGACCCAGGGUAAAACCUUCCCGUUCCUGUUCAGCCAGUGCCAACCUAUUCACGCGCGAGACCUCGCUCCUGUGCAAGAUACUCCGUCUGUGAAGCUAACGUACAGUGCCAGCGUCCGUUCCGUACUUCCAGUUCUUCUAUCUGCGAGACGAAUUUCUCCGCCCUCAGAUGGUCCAGCCCAUGAUGGCAAGAUCAUCGGCAAGGAUGAAGUUGUGUAUACAUACGACCAGCCUACCCCGAUUCCGUCAUACCUUCUCGCGAUCGCUGCUGGAAAUUUGCAGUACCGGCCGUUCCAGGUUCCUGACGGAAAACAAUGGAAGUCUGGGGUUUGGUCCGAGCCUGAGCUUAUGGACAGUUCAUUCUGGGAGUUCAGCCGAGAUACCGCCAGAUCUCUGACAGACGUGGUGAUCCAUGAACUUACGCAUUCAUGGUUUGGGAAUGGUGUUACGCAUGCUCACGCUUCUCACUUCUGGCUUAACGAAGGCUGGACAACUUAUGUCGAACGUGUGCUACUGCAGAUUAUACACUCACCCGCACACCGAGGCCUAUCCUCUGUGAUCGGAUACAAAGGACUGUUGGAUGCCCUCGCGUUCUUCGAAGACAAACCCAAAUACCAAAAACUGGUUAUCGACUUUGAUUAUGGAGAGGAUCCGGAUUCUGCGUUUAGUCGGGUGCCUUACGAUAAAGGUGCCAACUUCCUCUUGCAUAUUGAGCGUACACUCGGUGGCCUUGAAGUUUUCCUACCCUAUGUCAAGGACUACAUCGCUACUUAUAUGGGUCACAGUAUCACCACAGAGACCUGGAAGAAUCACCUCUAUGCCUACUUCCAGAAGAAUGGCAGUAAGGAACAAAUCAAAGCAUUGAACAGCAUUGAUUGGGAUAUGGAAUAUGAUUUGACUCUGGCGAAUCCUGCAAAUGCGCUUGCCGACCGGUGGUAUGAAUCACGACACACCACGGAUAUUUCGAAGCUAGAUUUCAAGGGUUCUGAUUUGGAUAACCUGGAUGCCAACCAAAGAGCCGUCUUCCUCGAACGAUUGGAGAGUUACAAUGAACCUCUUCCUGCGGGUCACCUUUUCCACUUCGACAAGUUAUACGCCUUCUCCAAGACUCUCAGCGCCGAAAUUCGAUUCAGGUUCUAUGCCUUGGUACUUAAGUCCCAGGCAGCAAUGCAUUUUGUUCAAGGAGCGGCAAAUUGGGUUAUCGGGGCAGAUGACACAGGCGUCAUCAAAGGCCGCAUGAAGUUUUGCAGACCUGUGUUUAGGGUGAUGUUCAAGGUCAAACCCGACCUCGCUAUAUCAACGUUCAGGCAGGCCCAGACGCAGUUUCAUCCCAUUGCGCAGAGUCUCAUUGCACAGGACCUUGGGCUGGACCUGGCUGGAUUGAGAGUUGGUGGAUAAAGGGCCCAAGGGGGAAGAAACGCGAAGAGAAACGGAAAGCAUACCUGGACGAUACCAUCCUUGAAUUGAGUCAUUCUCCCAAAGUCACGUCACUGUAUGAUAGCUUUAUGAAAAACAAAACAGACUGGUAUUAGGCAAAUCGGACUUCUGGUGAUACAAUGAAUGGUG